GCCCUGGUGGUGUGGUCGGCGACUUCUGCUGCUCCGCCCGCUUGCCCACCGUGCGCGUGCGAGUGCUCCCCACGGUACCACAUUGCGUGUCCCGACGUCAGCGGGGCCAGCAUCGUGCACCUGGUCAGCGUUUGGUGCAGCCACGCGGUGGCCUUCUUGCUGGGCAUCCUGCUGGGCGUGUUCGUGGUGCCCGCCUUCCUGAGCUGCAAGUGGCUGGUGGGAAGCAUCUGGAGGCGCUCGAGGACUGCGGCCAGCGUCAGCACCGCGCCAGUGGAGGCUACCUCGGCCGAGGUACGGCCGUUGCGAGGCUUGGACGCACCUGUCUUCGGAGUCGCGGAGGCGAACGUCUAUCGCUUCGGAGCCGUGCCCUCUGCUCCACAGGUGUGGGGCUUCCUGCGGGACGCUGCCUUGCAGCUCGGCGCCGCCCUGCCUCCCUCGCCGUUUCUGCUGGCUGGUGGGGCGGGGGUGGGAGCCGCGUGGGUCCCUCAGGCGCUGGCGCUGGAGAAUCCUGCGGCCGCCGCGGCCGCGGUGGUGGCUGCUGCUGGCGGAGGAGGGGCGGCGGUGCCCGCACCAGGCGACGGCGCUGGAGGCGGCGGCGGCGACGCUGUUCCUGGAGGCGCAGGCGCUCUUGCUGCGGCUCUGGGCGUGGCAAUGCCUCCUCCCCUCGGGGGUGGCGGUGCUGGGGCGGGCGGCCCAGGCGGCGGCGCUGCAGCUGCUGGUGCGGCCGCGGCGGUGGCGCCAUUGGCGGCGGCCGAUCCGCGCGUCUUCCCGUUGGCGACGGAUCACGCUGGUCGCCGCCAGCUGGACUAUUCCGUCGCGCUGCGGGACGCUACCACCACGCCACGGGACGAUUGGCCGAUCAAGGGGCCACGGACGACCCAGUGGUGCUUGGAGCACAUGCGUCGGAACGCGGGCGGCCCUCUGGCCUGGCACUCGAAGUGGAAGGCGGAGGCGAGGCUUCGCGACUCGGAUGCCAUCUGCCAGCAGCAUGAGAUGAACUGCAGGCUGCUGGAGAUGGCCACCUGCUACGACCAGCUCAACGCGUCAGAGCUGGCGACCUUUGAGCUGGUCAGUCGGCAGACUCAGCUCAUCGAGGAGCGCCACUACGAGGAGGCGGUGGCUGCGCAGGUGGCGGCCGAGGAGAAGAAGGACAAGAAGCAAGGCCUCGGGGCGAGCGAGAGUCUGCUCGCGUCGGAGGCCGAGCACUACAUGGGCGUGUCGGCGAGCAAGGGCAACCUCUGCAUCUCGCCAAUGCUCACGGAGUUCAUUGCAGAGCAGCUGAAGGCGGAGGCAGCUGUUGCCAAGGAGAGGCGGGUGCAGGCACCUCGGUGCCGCCUGGGCGACCCCUGCAUUUUCGCAUCGACCAGCGUCGCCCCCGUCUUUGAUCGAGGUUGGGAGACCUCGGCUCGCCAGCCCCCUUGCAGCUCCGCAAUGAAGCCUGCAGGGCGUCAGCGUGACGUGUUCCCUCUGCCGCCGCUCGCGCUGGAUGAGCGAGCUGCUUCCUGUCGCAGCCGGCGGGGCCAGCAGCGGGCGCAGCGUGGAGCCGCGUGGAGGCGUUGGGCUAACGACGGCAUCGCGGCGCUCAACCAGCUGAGUGGCCACGGUGCAGGUGUGGCGGCGCCGCCAGGGCUGACGUCAUCAGCUGCCCAGGCGAGCGCGCUGGACCACAUCAGCCAGGCCUUUCGCGAUUUUCCUGUGCCUCCUGACUAUCAUGAGGACCGAGUUUCAGGCGAAGCAGCCCUUGCAGAGCUGCUCUCUUCGGCGCCUGGGUAUUCCGCGGAGUCUCAGCGCGUCAAGCCCUACAGCAAGGACCUGGUGUCCUGGCCCGACAUGUCUACCGCACCUGUGAAGGUUACAGAGUUGGUGGAUCAGGCCGAUCGUGAAUGCUUGUUGGGAUGGAGACGGACCAUGCUCAAAGGUGAGAUGUCGGCCUCUGAUUCCCGAGAUGCGCCAGCUCCGCGGCACCCGUACGUGGACCCGAUUUUGGCCAACAACCCUCGCGCCUACGCUGGUUUCGUUGGGAAGUUGCUUCAGGGUGGCAUGAUUAGCUUCCGCGUGGCGCGCGCUGCUGAUCCUUAUAGUUUGGGAUUUUUCUUUGUUGGGAAGGUGGGUAAGGGCACGUUGAGACUCGUGUUCGACACAAGAGUGGCGAACGAGGAUUUCGAGCCCCCGCCCAAGACGACGCUUCCGACGGCUGCGGCUUGGUCCGCCUUGGAGUCGCAGCGUCCCGUCGUUCUAGCGCAGGGUGACAUCCAAUGUGCAUUCUAUCACAUGCUGGUGCCAAAAGGGAUGGAGGAAUGCUUCACGCUGCCCACUAUUUCAAAUCAGUUGUUGGGGAUUACUCACGUCGACGGGUUGCCAGUGGCUAGCGACUGCUAUCUUCAGCCCAUGGUGCGCGUGUUGCCGAUGGGAUGGAGUUGGUCGCUUCUGUUUUGUCAGAGCAUCAUGCGCAGGGCUCUAGUGGAGAACGGGUUCAGUGACGGAUCGUUGAUCGAGGACGGCCGCCCCAGUCCUGUGCUGCACUCGCCUGUGAGUUUAGCUGCUGUUGGAUACGUUGAUAAUUGUGCAGUCGUGGGUUGUGAUGCAAACAUUGUGACGGCAAAGAGAGAUCAGAUUACGCAGACGCUUGAAUCGUGGGGGUUACCUAUUCACUCCAUCGAUGCGGCUUCGCCGAAGACUGUCUUCACUGGUCUCGAAAUCGACGGUGAAAAAGGCACUGUGCGGGUGAAGCCCUCCAACGUCUUGCGCCUGCGGCAUGCCAUUCUGGCUGUCCUGCGGCGUGGGGCGGCCUCGCCCCGCCUGCUGGAAGUCUUGCUCGGGCAUAUCACGUGGGCGAUGAUUUGUAAAAGAGAGACCUUGUCUAUUCUACACUCUGUCUACGCUUUCAAGUCCCUCAAGGACCCCAACGUCAGGUACAGGUGCACGGCAGCAGUUACAGCAAGGGCAAACGCAUUGGGGCUGGAUGAGCUCCACCUGGAGGAGGGCAUCUUGGACUCCGUCGCCGUGGACUACGUCGAAUCGUUCAACCCCGAGGGCUCCGUCAAGGGCUUUCUGGAGGUCCCCAAGGAGAUCAUGGAGGGACAGCCAGCGGCGGUUCAGCGCUCCAUCACGCUGAGGGUCGCUCGGAAGCAGCAGCAUCCACGGCCGAUGCAGCUGGCGGAGGGCGCCAUCAGCUUCCUGGAGAUGUCUGCCGUCACGGACUCGACCAGGGAGCGCUACAGGGGUCACGCCGAGAGGUUCCUCGAGUGGGUGACUUGGCACGGCCUGGACUUUCACUCGGCCCCGCAGCUGGACGUGGCGCUGGUGGCGUUCAUGACCGACCUGGCCUUGGACGGGUUCGACUCCGCCACGGGGAGGAUGUCAGUAGCCGCUCUGAGGCAUUUCUUGCCCCAGCUGCUAGGCGGCAGGCGUCCUCUCCCUCGAGCGGCCCGAGCCCUCGACGGCUGGCGGCGGCUGGUCCCCCCGCAGAUGCGGCUCCCACUGCCGCGAGCUGCGGCCAUGGCAGUUGCUGGUUGGAUGAUCUCUCGCAACUUGCCCAGCAUGGGGGUGUUCGUGGCGUUGGUGUUUCAUGCGUACCUGCGGCCCUCGGAGGCUUACCGUCUGAGAGUGAGCUCGCUGGUGCCGCCGAUAGCUGGGGCGGGGUUCAGCUCAUGGGGGAUCAUCGUCAACGACGCGAAAGCAGGCCGGCCUGGCAAGACGGGCGAGACCGACGAGUCGGCGCUGGUGGAUGCGCCAGAGCUCUGGCCCGUGCUGCUCGCGCUGAAGGCCAACAGGGAGCCCAGCGCCAGCCUGUGGAACUUCAGAUCCGCCGACAUUCGCCUGAUGUUCGCCCAAGGCUUGAGGGAGCUCGGGCUGCAGAAGGAGUCCCCGUCCUUGUACACCCUCCGCCAUGGGGGGGCCUCGCACGACUUGCUCUCGGGGUCCCGAUCGUUGGCGGAAGUGAAAGAGAGGGGCAGAUGGGUGACGGACAAGAGCUUGAGACGGUAUGGCAAGCGCACUCGGAUGCAACAGAGAAUCGGAGACCUGCCCGUCGAAGUCAGUCGCUUUGGAAAUCAGGUGCUCGAAAGAUUGGCGGAGCUCAUCGUGUGCAGUUUUGUGGAAGGCCAUUUCCCGCUGGCUGUUCCUCUUCAGCCCAUGCCUGCCAUCCCGCCAGUCGCAAAGCGGGCGCCAGUUCUGACC